GAAUGCUACCGAAACUUGAGCUCUCUACGGCUGGGGAAGGACGUGGGGACUUUCGACUUUGCCAUAUAGAUGUCUUUGGUGGGAAGAGCGCUUAUUUUGAUUUCAAAUGUGUUUUCAAACAGAACUUUCACUGUUUACAAAUGCUAUGGGCUAUGUGAUUCCAUAGAAUUCAUUCACAGUAAAAACAUUUUCUUUGGGUUAGUGAAGUGUUUACGAAGAACAUACCUAUACAUUUAUCCAGCAUAUUUGUGAGAUACGAUGUUUGCUUUUGGGUUUUCAAAAACAGACGAUGUGGCCCCCGACAAAUCACAGCGUGGUGUAAUCGCCAAUUUGCUAAAUUGGGCGCCAGCAGAGGAAGUGAAAUUCGAAGCAGACGUUCUGGAUGUCAGCAUCAAAAGUUCAUCAGUUUCAUCCAUAACAGAUGCCAAUGUAUGUUAUAUAAACCCUACUUCUGCCCUCCAAGAAUUAACAUUAGACUCUGAUGUUUUGAAUGCAGAAGAACAACAUACGGACUUGGUACCAUCCAAGUAUGAAGGUGGGCUGAAGGUAUGGGAAUGUACAUUUGAUUUAGUCAGAUACCUUGAGAAUGAAAUAAAAGAUGCAAAAAUUGAUUUUGAUGGGAAAGAUGUUCUGGAUCUCGGAUGUGGACAUGGUAUACUGGGCAUUUUUGCAUUGCAGAAAGGAGCCAGAGUUCACUUUCAAGAUUAUAAUAAGAGUGUGCUUUCUUCAGUAACAAUUCAAAAUAUCAUGUUGAACUUCCCACACAAGGAAUGGAAAAAUAAACUUAAAUUGUGCAGAUUCUUCAGUGGAGAUUGGGAGUCAUUCUUACAAUUGGUUAAGGAAGGACAGAAAUAUGACAUAAUUUUGUCGUCUGAAACAAUAUAUAAUCCACAAAAUCAGCAGAAACUAUGCUCAGUAUUUAAGAAGACACUGAACAGUAAUGGAACUGUAUAUUUAGCAGGAAAAACAUAUUAUUUUGGAGUGGGUGGUAGUCUAAGACAGUUUGAAAGUAUGUUGUGCUCUGCUGGUGACUUAGCUAGUGAAACUUGCUGGAAAAGCUCAGAUGGUGUCCAACGAGAAAUAUUAAAAAUUACCUUCAAAAAAGGUAGAUAAAACCAGCUUACCUGUAUGUGCAUCAUCUCUACAGGAAAAUCUUCAUAAUAACUGUACACAUUGUCUCCUGCAUCAGAACCAGUUAUGAAAAAUGAGUAUUGUAUAUAAUUUAAUUUUUGAUGAACUUUUGACAUAAGUAGUGAAUAAAAUGAAUUUUUAUUUGCAACGCUUUGGACUUCAUUAAUGCUGUAAAUAGGUAUGGUAUGCAUAUAUAAAGUUGUGAAAGCAGCAUUGGAGUAAACAGACUAUCUUGGUGAUUUUCUUUUUUCUCCUCCACUUCCAAUGAAUACUUGACAGUGGCUGACAAUGCAGCACUUUGGCAUAAGACAGGAUUCAUUUAUAUAGAUGUGUGUGUAGCAAAUGAAACAGUUACAUUGCAUAAAAUGUUCAUCAAAGAAUAUGAGGACAAUUAUGGUGCAGUAAGCACAUUGGCAAGGUCUUGUAACAA